AUGGCAAUGAGAUUCCGUAUCGAACAUUUGAGUCGGAGUUUCUUCUUUCGAACAAAUCGUUCACAACAAUUACCUCCCGAAUGUCUCGUGGGGGUAUUUGAACUUUUAGAAAAUGAUAUUUCUGCGCUUCAUUCUUGCAUCCGGGUAAAUCGAAAUUGGUGUUGCCUCGCCGUCCCCGUCCUUUGGAGACGUCCGUUUGAACACGUGCAUUCAGAGAAUUCUGGAUCGCUCGCAAUCGGGACGUACAUCAGCUGUCUCCCAAAUGAUGACAAGCAACGGUUAAAAAGUCGUUACGUGACAAUACCUACUCAACUAGGUCAACCAAUUUUUUUUUAUCCAAAGUUUCUUCAAGGGUUUGAUUGUGAUAAUUUCAUAUCAUCCGUGCGCGCUUGGAUAAGCGGUGAUCCGGAACCUGAAUUGAUUCAACUCACGGCUCGGCUGAUUGGAAAUAUGAUCUUUCGUAGAUCACGCGGGUUAAAAAAUCUCAGGUACCUACGUAAAGAGGUACCUGAUGACAUGACUUUGGUGGAUUUCUUGACAUACACGGAAGUGAUUAGAGCGUUAACCAGAUUACAAAAGUUUGAAUUUCGUAGUUCACACGUGGCGGAUAGGGAUUUUACGCGCGCGUGGCUCAACCUUUUCUCCAAAGCUUCCACAUCAUCGAAAAAUUUACGACACAUAACCGUUCACAUCAAAAAGAGAAAUCGUGACGCUUAUCUAGAACUCGAUCAUUCAAUAACGGAUUUAAUAGGGGUACAAAAAUGUGUGCAAAGCAUCUCGGUGAAUUCAUUCUGGAGCACUUCAAACUCACAAUCAAUAUAUCAAGCCAUGUUACGACAUUCGCGUUCACUGAAUUAUUUGAGGAUACAAGGUUUAUCGGAUUUACCCUUGUUGCUUCAAGUGUUGAGAUCUUGCAGAAAUUUAAAAACGUUAGAAUUUGCUCAAAGUUGGAUUAGAGAUGAUAAUUUCACGAUAAUACCUUCAACGCACACGUUAAGCAUUCAACACCUUUAUUAUUAUUUUGAUUAUGGACCUUUGAAUUUUAUAAAUGAGCUAUUACGAAUGUCAAGUCACAAUUUAAAAUCAUUUUCAAGCAAACAAUUCACACCUUUAAUCAUAACAACUAUUCGUAAUUACUGUCCAAACAUCACACAUUUAUGUGUCAGAUUAAUACCUUCUGAUUUUACAUUAUUUGAACAAUUAUUGAACACUUUACAACUUGAACAUUUAACAAUACAAACACCUUAUAAUCAACCUCGAUUUACUUAUGAACAAAUCAUAAGAUUAGCCUUAACGUUACCCGAGUCUUGUACGUAUCUUGGUGUGGAUUUUGAUAUUUAUCCUUACGAAUUAGACGUAUUCUUGACGAGAUGUAACGCUAAACUAAAAAUCCUCACGCUGCAUAAUACAUCAAAAGGUCCCUUUGAAUAUAUGGACGUCAUUACAAGGCAUGCGAGUAGUUUAAGUUUAAGAGAGGUUAGAUUACAAAGAAACAGUUCCAAUAUAUACAUGACCGAAUAUCGAUAUAAAAAAUGGUUAAAUGAAGAAAUAUAUCUAAAAUAUGUAAAACAUAGGUAUAAUAAUAAUUUACUCCCAAAAAUAUCUGAAGCAAAACCAAUAUCAUUUAGUUAUCAUG